AUGUCAAAUGCGAAAAGAGGAGAAAUGAGUACCACAGAUGUCGAUGUAAAUGCUAGGAUUUUACCAGCUGUUGAAAGUGAAGAAGAAAGCAGCGAUUCUGAUAGAGAGUUACAAAUCGCAUUCGAUGAAGGUCUGCUGAAGACUGAUAAGCUGAAUUAUAUUGUGGAAAAAAAGAGACCGAUAAUAAAUAAAAAAGCUGAGUUGGAAGAUAAAAUUAAAAAACUGGCGAUGAAUUUGGCAUGGUUAGAAACGCUAGAUGUGGAAGUAAAUAAUGACUAUCUGAAUGAGAAAGUACUCAGUGACGAUUUCGAACGUGAGAUAAUUUUUUACAAGCAGGCUGAAAAAGCAGCACAAAUAGCAAUAUCGCGACUGCGGGAAAUGGGUGUAAGGAUUUUUCGACCGACAGAUUAUUAUGCCGAAAUGGUAAAAAGUGACCAACAUAUGCAGAAGAUAAGGCAGCGUAUGGCAGAAAUUGAAGAAAGUAAACAAAAACUGGAAGCAAUUCGUAGAAUUCGUGAGGAAAAAAAGUUUGCAGCUAAGGUGCAAAAGAAGGCUGGUUUCAUCAGUUGUUUCGUAAUUAGAAUUGUGGUUGGGCUCAUAAUUUGGUCAUGUUUUUUCCUGCUUUACAAUAGAGUUCGUGUAUUUUACUUAUUAAUUCAGGUAAUAGAAAGAAAACAGAGUGAAAAAAAGAUUUUGGCAGAAGCAGUGAAGAAACAUCGAAAGGGCGUAAAGUCGCAUCUGGAUGCCAUGCUAAAUAAUGCAAGAAGAAUACAGGAUACUGAGGUUGGAAUAAAGAGGUCAGAGAAAGGAAGAAUGCGCGAAAAGAGUAAGAGAUUUCGUCGAAUGGCCCGUGAUAAAAAGUUCGGCUUCGGCGGACAAAAAAAGAGGUCUAAGAAAAAUGAUAAAAAUAGUUUUGAAGAAUUUGCGACACCUGGGAGUCUAGCUCGUAGGCUCAAAGGACAUCAUUUUGGCACACAUGUGUUGAAAAGUCGUGCAAAGCCGAGAAAAAGAUGA